GUGCGGUGGCAGAGAGCUUUCAGAGACACUCUCAAGCCCAGUCUUACGCUCCCCGCAAGACUCCCGACCAGAUCCCCCCAUCAUCAUUUCUGCUGCCUCUCCCACGCUCGACGCUCCCGGAGAAGAACCGCCACCCAUUUUUCAUCAUGUCCACCGACGAGGUUAAGGACAACCCCAUGUGCGCGGGCUGCCACGUCAAGGCCGCCACCCUGCAGUGCCCGAGCUGCCUGAAGAUCCCGCUGCUGGCCCAGUCGCGCGGGUCCUUCUUCUGCUCGAAUGAGUGUUUCAAGUCCGUGUGGAAUGUCCACAAGCUGGUGCACCUGGCGGCCGAGCGUAAGUACGCGCCGUACGGGUCCAUCGGCAAGCCCAUGUUCCGCGGCGAGCUCUAUCCCUGGCCCCUGUCGCCUCUCCGCAAGAUGCCGCCCGGCUGGAAGGGUGUCUACCCGGACUACGCCAAGACCGGCGAGCCGGUCAGCGAGCGCCGCUGGCCGCGCAACGCCAUCCCCGUCCUGACGGCCGAGGAGGAGCGUGCCAUGUGGAAGGUCGGCCGCCUGGGGCGUCAGAUGUUGGACCUCGGCGCCCAGGCCAUCGAGGUUGGUGUCUCCACCGACGAGAUUGACCGGAUUAUCCACGAGGCCAUCGUCGAGGCGGAUGCUUACCCGAGUCCGCUCAACUACAUGGGCUUCCCGAAGUCCUGCUGCACUUCGCUCAACGAGGUCAUUUGCCAUGGCAUUCCGGAUGCCCGGCCGCUGGUUGCUGGCGACAUUCUCAACAUCGAUGUGUCGGUCUACCUGGAGGGCUUCCACUCGGAUCUGAACGAGACCUACUUCGUGGGCGAGGUUGACAGCGAUUCCAAGCGCCUGGUCUAUGCGGCCCGUGAGAGCCUCGAGCUCUCCAUCGAUGCCUGCAAGCCGGGCAUGGCCUAUCGCGAGCUGGGCAGCAUCAUCGAGACCCGUGCCAAGAAGGACAACCUCAGCGUCGUCCGCAACUUCUGCGGCCACGGUGUUGGCCGCCUCUUCCACGGCCCGCCCAACGUCCCCCAUUACGCCAACAACAAGACCUUUGGCGUCAUGAAGAAGGGCCAUGCUUUCACCAUCGAGCCGAUGCUUAACCUUGGCACCGUCAAGGAGAUCAUGUGGCCGGACAACUGGACUGCCACCACCUAUGAUGGCUCGCGCUCCGCCCAGUUCGAGCACACCCUCCUGAUCACCGACACCGGUGUCGAGGUCCUUACCCUUGGCGAGGGGCUCGAUGGCAAGGACGGUCGCUACUUCGGCAGCCAGUACGCUCCGAAGUACCGUCACCUCGACGAGACCGCCUCGGAGAAGGCCCGCCGCGAGGCCACCGAGCAGACCGCCUAAUCGCAUGCGCCCCGUUCCAGAUGGUGUCAGCUCUCCUCCCUGCUGGCCUCCUUUCUGCCAUGAAAGGCAAGGAGGAGGUGGCACAUUCCCCUCCUUCCUCCCCCCCCCCCCCUCUCCCCCC